UUGAAGAUUUUUUUAUAUAUUCUGCAACAAGGAAAAAUGAAAUCUGGCAACGUUGCGGUAUUGACGUCAGCUGGUGUAUAAUAGUGGUGGUGAAAUGUAAUCGUAAGUAGAUUAUAGCUGUAUUCAUAUGAGCAGUGAGUAGUGAGAAAAACAACAAUGGAGGCUUGUAGUGCUGUUGAACGCGAGGUUGAUAAAGUCUUGUUAAAAUUUGGAGCAAUAAAUAAUCAUGCCGAUACAACAUUACGUGAUCUUAUUAAUCACAUAGAAUCUCUAAAAAAAGAAUUAGAGGAAGCACCACCUGAUCAUGAACUGACAUUAAAUCAAAUUCAAGUAUUAAAACAAGCAAUGACUAAGGCACGAGACACAGUUCAAAGACUGGCAACAGAACAUCGUGAAUUGCAUAGCACUGUCUCAAGAGUAGGCAAAACAAUUGACAAAAAUUUCAUAGCCGAUUUUGCUAGUACAAGCAGAGAAGAUGUAUUUUCAGGUUCAGAAAAAACACAUCUUCUUAAUCAAGUCAUUUGUCAGCAUUUUUAUCGUAAGGGAAUGUUGGAUAUAGCUGAUGAAUUGGCACAGGAAGCUGGCAUUAAAACUGAUGAAGGUAGAAAAGAGCCAUUUACGGAAUUAAAUUACAUAUUAGAUUGUUUGAAGCAAAAAAAUUUAGAACCAGCUUUGGAAUGGUCAAUGAAGCACAGAGAAGCUCUAAUUGCAAAAAAUUCUUCCUUAGAGUUUAAACUGCAUAGACUACAAUUCAUAAGAUUGGUUCAGCAAGGACCAAGUAAACAGAACGAAGCUAUUGCAUAUGCUCGAAAACAUUUAACUCAAUUUGUUAAUCGCUAUGAAAAAGAAGUUCAGUCAUUAAUGGGAACGUUAUUAUACUUACCUAAUGGCAUCCAGUCAUCUCCUUAUAGCCAUUUACUAGAUCCGGUUUUGUGGCUUGAUAUUCAUGAUUCUUUCACCAGAGAAGCUUGUACACUUUUAGGAUUAAGUGUUGAUAGCCCUCUUUCAGUUUGCAUAAAUGCUGGCAUUACUGCUCUUCCUGCUCUUUUGAAUAUAAAACAAGUAAUGCAACAACGACAAGUUGCUGGUAUAUGGAGUGGAAAAGAUGAACUACCUAUCGAAAUUGAUUUGGGAACUCUAGGCCGUUAUCAUUCUGUUUUUGCGUGUCCCAUCCUGAGGCAACAAAGUACAGAAAACAAUCCACCAAUGAAACUAGUUUGUGGUCACGUUAUCUCUCGAGAUGCUCUUAACAAACUCACAAAUGCAAAUAAGAAUCAAUUUGUUUCCAGACUGAAAUGCCCUUACUGCCCAGUGGAUCAAAAUCCGGAAGAUGCUAGACUCAUUUAUUUUUAGUAUACUGUGAUAAUAUAGGAUAGCGUAUUUGUAUAAUACUUUAAAAGUAUAUUAUAUUCGCCCAUGACUAGUAUUAGAUUUUUAUUAUGGUGCAAUCCUAAAAGAAGUUUCAAAUCGAUGAUGAAUUAAAUACUAUUCACUGUCCAACAUCAAAUGCAAAAGAUUGAUUAAUUACUAUCAAAGAGAAACUAAUUCUAAUUUGGUAGGAAUUUUCCAGUAAUGACAGAUAUUUUGUAGAUUUCAAGUUCUGAAUUCGAUCUUAAAGAUGAUAACUGUAAAAUUUAUUAAUAAUAAAUUUUUUAUAAAUCUUAAAAUAUAAUUCACUAGAUCUUUUUGUUUAUAAUACUGAUAAUGUAGAUUAUAUUUAAGGGGCAGCACAAAAUUUACUCCAAAAAUGAACGAAAUUUUAAUGAAGUAAAUAAAUUAUCAGUAUAACUUAUUUUUACUUUAACCUUGCUGUAUAAAUAAUAUUCGUGAAAGAUAAUUCAAUACUAUCUGUGACACUUUAAAAUGCAUCAGUCAUUAUUGAAGAGGGUAUAAAAAGUGUAAUUUAAAAAUACAAAUAUAUUUAACAUAAUAUUUCAACGACUACAUUAUGAUCUAAUUUAUUAGAAAAUGUGAACAUGAAUAUGAUUGAAAUUAUGAAAAUAAUUAAAGUACGAAAAUUGUAAAGUGAAAAGAUUGAGUAACCUUUUAUUUAUUAUCGCCUGUUAAUUUUUAAGAAUCGAAAAACCUGUCUGAAAACCGUCUUUAAAUAUUUUAAUAAAUUGAAGUGAAGAAUAAUCGAUAGAAAUUCCAAACUGGAACGGUUAAAAUCAGAACCUGUUGCCAGUCAUUAAUAUGUAUACAUCUGAAUCACCGAACG